AUGAGAUUGAAGCAAAGAAGCUCAAAGAGGGAGAAAGUGGCUGAACAGGCACAACAAGCAAAAUUCAUCAAGAAAGUUGGAAAGGUAAAAGAGAAGCAGAUAAAAUGUCUUGUUACUACUGAUAAUUUAAGAGAGAAUUCAAAGAAUCACAAUGAUUCAAUCAAGAAAGGCAUGUUCAACAAUAAUUUAAGGAAGAAGAUUUACAUGAAGGAGGUGUCGUGUUAUAAUUUUCAAAAACUUAGCCAUUAUGCAACAUAUUGUUACCUAAAUAAGGAUUUGAUGACAAACGAUAUUGAAGAAGUUAAGUUUGCUCAUGCAGGAGGAAGUGACUCUGAUGAUGUGUUGUUAAUGGCCAACACUCAACCUAGUGAUGAUCAAGCUAAGAAGGUGAUCAGAUUUGCAGAUGGCAUGCAUAUCACAUUAGAAGGAAAGGGAAACAUAAUUGUGGUGAGAAAAGAUGGUAUGAAGGAUACCAUUUCUGAUGCACUGUAUGUUCCUUUUAUGACAUGUAAUUUGAUAAGUAUCAGUCAAUUACUUGCAAAAGGUUAUAACAUGAAGAUGGUAGUUAAUCAGAUGAAGGUGUUUGUUAGUGAAGGAAGAUUGAUCUUGCGAGUACCAUUCGUAGAAAACAAAACCUUCAAGAUUGAGAUCAACAUGGUUGAUCAUAAAUGUCUUUCUUCAACUGUAAAGGAAGACAAUAACUAG